UCUUACGGGUUUGGAACGACAUGAGGGUGAGUCAUUAAUGACAUAAUUUUCAUUUUUGGGUGAACUAACCAUUUAAUGAAGUCAAUGUUAAUGUUUGCCCUUAUUCUGUCAUUCAUAAAUCCAUCUCAUUCUGUCUAUCAAUCCCUGUGCCAUCAUUUCUGAAAUUAUUGGAAUAGCUGUAUCUAUUAUUUAGAAGCAGGUGUCCAAACAUUCAAAACAAGAUGCAGAAAUACAAAGUGUCACACCAAUCCCUUUACCAGGAUCAGUUCAGAAUGCUGAUGACUCAUGCAAGUUUCCUAAGGAGUGGCAACAGAUACUCAUAUUAAAGGCUGGAUGACAAUGAUAAUCACUGACACUUUGUCAACAACCAACAUCGUACAACAUCGUAUACUUCAAAAUCUUGAGUUUCUCACAAUGUCCAAACAUCAAAAAGAGACUAUGGCCGGAUCGUUGAAACUUAUCACGUGGAACACUUGUGGAAUCAGAGACACUGCUGAUGUCCAACAGAAAAAAGAAAUGAUUUGUCAUUGGCUGAAUGAACAACAAGCAUCUGUUGCAUUUCUUCAAGAGACACAUAUAGGUGUCAAUGACGUUCAACAUGUUGAAGAUAUUCGUGGUUGGAAAGCAUUUUAUAGUGUUCAUCAUCCACGUAGCAAAGGUGUUGCAAUAUUGAUCAAAAAUGAUUUGCCUUUUGAGCAUAUAAAACAUGACGUGCACCCCACAGGCAGCUACAUUGUACUCAUUUGCAAAUUAUACAGUAAAUGCUUCACUCUAGUUAAUGUAUACAAUCAUGCAAAAGAACACAAGGUGUUGCAGUGUCUUUCUGAAUAUCUAUAUCAGACUGCCAAAGGUGUCUUGAUAGUUGCAGGGGAUUUCAAUACUGUUCUAAACCCAGAUCUUGACCGGGAGUAUCCAACAGGACAUACAGAGCCCCUUAGACCUUAUCUUGAGGAAUUCAUCUCAUCUUUAAUGCUUGUAGACAUCUGGGGACAAAACAAUCCUUACGAGAAAGAUUCAUUCACUCGUUUUCCGUGGAAAACAUCCAAAUGGCAAAUCAUCAAAAAAACAUCAGGCCAGAAGAAAACGAAGAAGAAGAGGGGUGCAUCAAGACUAGACAUGGUCUUCAUGCCGCGGAAUGAAGUGUGGCUUGCUAAGAGCUGUGAAAUCUCCAAGGUUCCAAGGCAUAAUAUUUCAGAUCACCACCCUGUAGUUCUGAGUCUGUGUUUGCCAAAACCAAAUAACACAACAGUUCUCUCAUGUUCCAGUGGUCUGGGCAUUAAAAAGAGGCCUUAUAAGAGGAGAGCAGGUGAAAUUAGUGAAGCUGAAGUUUUGAAAGCGCUAAUGUCUCUUGUAGCAUACGAAAGUCCACUUGGGGAAAAUGUGCAAACAUUAAAGAUUAACAAAGAGCAAAAAUCACAAGAACUUAAAGAGCUUUUUAACAAAAUGAUUAGAGGAGAAAUUCCUAAGGGCUUCACUGACAGUGUGAAAGAAAACGGAAGGUACCACUUUGGAGCAGAGUACAUGAUACUUGCCACAAUAUUUCUUAGGCGAAUUGAAAAAUUUCUUCAGCCCUCAUUUAAAAGCAAAACAAUGAAAAUGAGUCGCAAACUCUUCAUCAUUGUUAGCUUUCGCAGCAAACCCAAAAAAAUCAAAAGAGAUUUCUUAAGACAAGCUUUGACAUCACUGAAGCCCAUCCAUCCAUUGCCCCCACGCGAUUUCGAGAUUGUGGAAAAGCUGCUACCAAGCACUGAUCAAUACAAAAAGCUUAGAGAAGGAUGCCCACUUACACCAACUCUUCUGACAAUGGCUCUGAAACACCUAGCCUGUGCCUUAAAGAAAGAUUUGAAAGAAUCUGUGGUGGACGUAUGCCAUCAUAGAAAAUGCAUUACUAUCUACAUGAAUGCUGACCAGUAUCACAUUCUAAAACAAAACAUUAACAAAUUUCAAUUGCAUUCAGGGAUUUCUCUUUUACCAAAAGUAGGAUAGGUUUGGAAAAGGAGAAAGUAUUCAAACUCAUGAAAGGCUAUAUCUGUGAGUAAUGCAUGAAACAUGCAUGACAACUUAAGGUUGAUAUGAUCUUCCAGAACAGGAAUGGUGUUGAGACGAAACAUGGGAAGGAUGCAAAUUAUUUGCAAAUUUUUAUUUUGUCUCAGACUCAGAAAUUCCUCAAAUUAUUGAACAAUUGAGUUUGUUUUUGUCUUUUUUUUCUGUUCCAUUCAUGCCUGAGUUUCAUAAUUUUCUAGUAUGUUAAUUAGUUCUGUUCUCUCUGUCCCUGCUUGUUUGUUUCCAUGGCUACACAUUGUUUGUUUGAUUCAUUCACUUCAGGUGUUCCUUGUUUAGUUACCCUUUGUUUGCUCUGUGUACUCUAUAUUGUAUAUGCCCUCAGUUUUUAGCGCCUUUGUCUGUUAAUGUUUGUGUUUGCAUGUUGGUUUAAAAAUAUCUCAUAGUUUUUCUCUUGGAUUUUGGUUUUAAAAAAGGACUGUUGUGAAAUCUCUAUCAUCGUGUGCUUUGAUCACAGCCACAGAACGUGACAACAAGCUUGUAAUAAAUGAAAUCAAAUCUAAAUAACUGUAAAUGCAUUUUUCUGUUUUCUUUUAAAAACGCAGUGAUGAGUUGAAAUUCUAUUCUCU